AUGCAUCAUAGUGAAUGGGAAGACAUUUACCAUACAAACGAACCACAAUCAAACACAACAAAUCAGAAAUAUAACGUAAAUUCAGGUGAUUUUUAUGCAAAUAAAGUAGUUUUCCAUAGCUUAGGAGAUUCCGGUGUAAUAUACUUAGAUUUUGCCAAUGGGAACUCUUUAAUAUCUUCUUGUACGUUUUUAAAUUCCUCUAACACAGGAGAUCAACAAGGAGGUUCAAUUACAAUUAAGAAUUGUCAAAGUGCUCUUCGAAAAGUAUGCAGUAUUGGAUCUAAAUCUACAGCUGGUAAUGGUGGUAGAUUUUCUCGGAUUGAAGUUGCAAAUGAUGCAAAUAGUUUAAAUUAUUAUUCAGAAAUGUCCAUAUUUAACAAUAAUCAAGGUUAUAUUUCUGGAUAUAAUGGGAUAUAUAUCCUCAAUGGAAGAAUUUCUUUCACCAAAAAUAAUUUAACUAAAAAUUCCUGUAAAUAUAAUUCAGCCAUUGGCAUUGAAUCUACACAUGGAAAGGUGAAUUAUUCUUUCUUUGAUGAUAACAAAUCAGAUUCUAGACUUAUUAUGCAAAUAUUUCAAGAAAUUCACUACAAUAGCUUAAUAAUUUCGAAUAACACAGUAAAAAUAGUUGAUUACCGUUUUCCAGAAAUGAUUGAUUGCAGUGAAGGGAAAAGUUUUUUUGAAAAUUGCUAUUUUGUUAAUAAUAAUCAAGGGCCAAAUUAUUUAUUUGGAGCAUUCUCAGCUACAAUAGCGCUCUCAAAAUGCUUGAUAGUUUCAAAUAAUACAAAAAUUCAUUCAGGACCUGGAACAUUUAAGACUGAAUGCCCACAACAACCAGAGAUUGUAUUAGACCUAUAUUCAACAGAAUGUUGCCCAGGGAAUGUUUAUCAAAUUUAUUCUAAUAUUAUUACAGCCUCAAAAAUUUACUCAUCAUUUAUGAGUAAUCUAAAUGAUGCUCUUCAAUCAUAA